AUGGAGCAGCCUGAUCAUCAAGAUGAGUGUGGCGGCACCACCGAUAUGCUGGUCAAGUUCAUUCCAUCUUCUUCAUUCAACGAGUUCGAUGAAGCUGUAAAACCUGAGAAAAUCUUUGAUGAGACUCCCAUCUCCUUGAAGAAGGUUUUGAGAGGGAAGAAGUUUUUCUUCGUUCUUGAUGAUGUUUGGAAUGAGAAUUAUAAUAAAUGGGAUUUUCUAAAAAGUACUUUUGAAUCUGGUGCACGUGGAAGCAAGAUCAUUGUGACAACUUGUAACAAGGUUGUUGCACAAGUUUUGACCACUGGAAAAGUACACAAGCUACAAGGAAUAUCCAAUGAAGAUUGCUGGAAAAUAUUUGUUGACCAUGCCUUUGAGGAAGACAUUGGUCAUGCUCAUUCAAAACUACAUGAGAUUGGGAAGGAGAUUGUGAAAAAGUGUAAAGGCCUACCUUUAGCGGUGAAAUCACUUGGUGGUCUCUUAUGUUAG